AGACUUCCCAAAUUUAGGGCUUGAUUCAUGGCUAUUUCGGCAAAACAUCACCAGUAAUCCUACCAAAAGUAGCAAGGUUUUGCGACAAUGGAGUCCACUUUAGGAUUAUUAUUAACCCUCUUCAUAUCAUUGCUUCUCAACACUUGUGCUUACUCCGAAAGGCCUACUGUUGUAAAUGUUGGAGCUAUUUUUUCGUUUGAUUCGGUUAUCGGUAAGGAAGCGAAGGCAGCCAUGGAAAUUGCUGUAUCUGAUGUGAAUAAGGAUUCGAGGAUUCUCAAUGGUACCGAGAUGAAGUUAUUUAUGGAGGAUACUAAUUGUAGCGUCUUCAAGGGUUCUAUUGGAGCAUUUCAGAUGCUCGAGAGAGACGUUGUGGCAAUAAUUGGGCCACAGUCAUCCACUGUAGCUCAUAUGGUAUCUCAGAUUGCAAAUGGUGUACAAGUCCCUAUAAUUUCUUAUGCUGCAACGGAUCCCACUUUAUCUUCGCUGCAAUUUCCUUACUUCUUCCGGACCACACAAAGUGACUCGUACCAAAUGGCAGCCAUGGCUAAUUUGAUCGACUUUUAUGGUUGGAAAGAGGUGAUUGCCAUAUAUGUGGAUGAUGAGUAUGGGAGGAAUGGGGUGUUUUCUUUAGACGGUGAAGUGGAGAAGAGAAUGUCAAAGAUUUCUUAUAAGUUAGCUUUGCCGACUAAUUUUGAUCUUAACGAUAUCACUGAUGUGCUUAAUAAAUCAAUCCCGUAUGGCCCUCGUGUUUAUAUCAUCCACAUUCAUCCUGAUCCUGAUCUGAAAAUCUUUGAAGUAGCCAAUAAGCUUAAUAUGAUGACCGAUGAUUAUGUAUGGCUAGCGACAGAUUGGCUUUGUACCACUUUAGCUUCAUUUACACCAAGUAACCAGUCAUCUUUUGGAAUUAUCGAAGGCGUUGUUGGUCUUUGUCAGCAUAUUCCACAAGCAUCACGGAAGAAGAACUUCGGAGUCUACGGAUCGUAUGCAUAUGAUGCAGUGUGGACUGUAGCACACACAAUCGAUUCGUUUCUCAAUCAACAAAAGAAUAUGACGUUUUCAUUUGUGGGUUCACAGUUUGGGAAACUCAAGACCUUUGAUGGCGGGAAACAAUUCGUCAAGAUAUUAUUAGAGACAAAUUUCAACGGUUCGACCGGUCCUAUUCAGUUCAAUGCAGAUAGAAACUUGGUUCCCCGUGGCUACGAAGUUGUUAGUAUCCACCAAUUAGCGAUUCACAAUGUUGGUUAUUGGUCAAACCAUUCAGGUCUCUCUAUUGUGCCACCCGAAUCUAUCAAAGUGAAUAAAAGUAUGUCUUACCCUUUAGACGAGAAGCUAGGUGUGAUUACUUGGCCUGGUGGAAAGACAGAUCGGCCACGUGGAUGGGUCAUUGGUGACAAAGAACGGCCUUUAAGAAUCGGAGUACCAAAACGAGCCAGCUUUAUUGAAUUUGCUACAGAAUUAAGCAAUCAUACGAUACAAGGAUACUGUAUUGAUGUGUUUAUGCAAGCACUUAAGUUAGUUCCUUAUGAUAUUCCUUAUAGAUUUGUGCCAUUCGGAGAUGGUCAGUCCAACCCGAGUUACGAUCAACUUGUAAAGUUCGUUGCAGAUGAUGUUUUUGAUGGGGCAGUUGGAGAUAUCGCGAUUGUUACAAAUAGAACGAAGAUUGUUGAUUACACGCAGCCUUAUGCCACGACUGGUCUCGUGAUAGUGGUUCCUAUCAACAAUUCAAAAGCGAGCACUUGGGUAUUUCUUAGACCGUUUACUAAAGAAAUGUGGUUUGUCACUGCCGCUGCUUUUGUAUUGAUUGCUCUUGUUAUGUGGCUUCUUGAGCAUCGCGUUAACGAUGAUUUCAGGGGUCCACUUAGGAGACAGCUUGUCACGAUUUUCUUGUUCAGCUUUUCGACUCUUUUCAAGAGAAACCAGGAAGAUACGGUUAGCCCACUUGGACGGAUGGUGAUGGUGGUAUGGCUUUUUCUAUUGAUGGUGAUCACGUCAAGCUACACUGCAAGCUUGACGUCCAUUCUUACCGUCGAGCAGCUUUCGUCGCCCAUUACGGGUAUCGAUAGCUUAGUGUCGAGUCAUCUGCCAAUCGGGUACCAAGUUGGGUCAUUUGCAUAUACUUAUUUGGCUGAAAAUCUUUACGUGCCUCGAUCAAGGCUCAUUCCUCUCGGGUCACCAGAGGCUUAUGAUAGAGCAUUGCGGUUAGGGCCACAUAAUGGAGGGGUGGCAGCCAUUGUCGAUGAACUUACUUAUGUGGAGUUGUUUCUUUCGGAAUAUGCUGAUUACGGGAUUGUUGGUCAACCAUUCACUAGAAGCGGAUGGGGAUUUGCAUUCAAGAGAGACUCUCCUCUUGCGACCACACUCUCCCUAUCGAUCCUGCAACUUGCCGAAAAUGGAAAGCUUCAAGAAAUCCACGAUAACUGGUUCUGUAAACAAGGGUGUAUGAAUGGUUACCGCCGCGAUUCCGAGCCUAAUCAGCUGCAUAUGAGCAGCUUCUGGGGUUUAUACAUCAUCUGUGCUGUGUUUUCGCUGACGGCGUUGGUUUUGUUUCUGCUACAAACCGUUAGUCAGUAUAUCUAUUUCAAACGGCAGCAGAUGAUGCUCGAACCAUGUCCGCUGUCGUCGUCGUCAUCGAGGAGCAGGCAAUGUUACGUGGUUUUGUUUAACUUUUUCAAUUUUAUUGAUGAAAAGGAAGAAGCAAUCAAGAAUAUGUUCAAGAAAGACGAUCAUCCUGAAGCUUCUGCUCAUGCUGUUUAACCUGAUUUAAUAUACUGGACUUGUAGGUCUACAUAAACACAUGGCAUUGUAGUAUUGUACAUGUAAAUAUUAUAUACGUAGUAUUGUUAUAUCACUA